UCGACGCAAAAGCAUGCUUUGAACUCCGGCUUAACGUUUGCGAGUUGGUGUCCUUGUCGGUUCUGUUUGCGAGUUGGUUUUUUCGUCAGUUUUGUUUGCUAAUUUUGUGAACUGUGGCGUUGAAUUCGGCUUUUGAGGUCGUAUUGCUGGUUUAGCUUCUUUGGGUUUAUCGUGGGUUUCUUUGAGAAAGGUUUCUACAAUUUUGGAGCUUCGCUGCUGCUGGCAGGUGUGUAGGGAAAGCCCCAGUAGAAUUGGUUCGAUUCGAACUUUGGUUUCGGCCUUUUCUUUUUUCAAUCGCUGCUUGUUCUCUUAUCUUUUCUUCCUCUUUUUCACGUUUUGUGCAUUGAAAUGCAUAUAGUGCAGAAUUGGAAGAGGAAACUGCUGGAGAUUGUCGAUUUGAGAGCUUUGACUUAGAAAUCACGUAGAUCUGUUUUCUCCUCGGAAAUGUGAUCGAUUCGUGUGUGGGUUGCAGUUCGAUAUCUCUCAACAGGUUUGAGGUCAUUAUUUUUUAGUCUUUCAGACCGUUAAAUAGCUGGAAUAUUCACUCCGAAGUGUCGCGUUCCACAAUGUGAUUGGGGAAUGGGAUUCAACAGUGGUUGUGCAGUCCAUAUUAGACGAGGGAUACAUUGUGGCAGCUUGUGAAAAUCUUCAAUAGAAUAUCAGGUUGGAUGCAUGGGUUUGUCUAGAGAUUUUCAGCGAUAAAUUAUUGGGGGAAAGAUUUUAAUUUCUUCCAAGCGCUAAAUUCUUCUUCUGCGGACGUUUGUUUCUUUCCAACAGUUGUGCAUGGAAAAUGUGAGAAGUUUCGCUUUAGCAAGGUUGUGUUGAGGGCGGAAUUCAAUUGUUGUUUUUUCCAAAACCAUCGCGAUUACCAUUCUCGACAGAACUUGUGAAAUGUGGUUACAUAAGGUUGAAGGUGGCAUUACGAGUCAGGACAUUGGUUUUCGAGCUCAGUGUUUAGGGGUUUAAAUACCCGUGUGCAGGAAUGUCCUGGGAAAACUGCAUUAGAGAAUUCAACAUGUCUUUGUAGCGCUCGUGACCUACUCAAUCUGUGUCUUCCAGGUUGACAAACAUGAGUACAAUAGAUCUUUGGGUGGAUGGAUUGCUAUGUGCCUACGAGUUCAUUCCUGCUCCUUCGAAAAAAAUUAAGGUGGGAGGCGAAUUCAACACUCAAGGGGCCGUUCAAGGCCAAUUUGAGGCGGAAAUAUCUUUGAAGCAACCGCAUACUUUAUCAGACAACUCGAGGGUUGAUUUGAACCAGUCAAAUAAGUUCAUAGCAAACAGCUCUAUUUCCAAAUCCGAUGAUCAAAGAUCAGACUCUCCAGAUUCGUCACCAGAUAGUCUAGGAACUGAGAUACAAGGGUUUAUUGUGCGGGAGAGUUUGAAGGAAGAUCAUGCCAACGAUUUAAAUCCAUCUAGUCCGAGCCACGAUCCCUCACUUGAUCAUCAAUCGAGUAUGAAGAAGGGACAGAGUCAUUGGAUUCCUAUCGGUUGGGAUCGGCUAACAGGGUUAUUUCAAUCACUACAGACUGAUACGGAUUGGGUCGUGGACGAGGAGUUUUCUGACCAAGACGAGACUCUUAGUGUUGCUGACGUAGCCCAACCUUACUGGCAAAAGCGGGCAGGGCCGACAUUCUGGUGCCAUAUUGACGCAAGGCAUCCUAGUAUCCAACAUUUCUUUUCAAACGUUCAGUGGCUGCAUCCAGCUGUUAGUGUUGCUCUUCUAGAUGAGAAACGACUCAUUAGUGACCGUAUGAAACAUCUGCUCUACGAGGUACCGGUACGCGUAGCAGGAGGCCUGUUGUUUGAGCUGACUGGCCUUUCUGUGGGUGAUCCAACUCGCAAUGAAGAUGAUGUUCCUGUGGUCUUUCGUUCAUGGCAAUCGCAAAAUUAUCUGAUUACAUCAAUGCAUGUGAAGGACAUUGUGCACAACCUUAACGUACUCGGUGUUUUGGAAGUCCAAGAUUUAGUGGGUGCGGGUGGCACUGAGGCCCCCAAGUCUGUACAAGAAGUUAUUGCCCAGCUUGCUAGUCGCCUUGCCACAUGGGAUGAUCGGAUGUCAAGGAAACACUUCUUUGGUGCAGCUGAUGAAAUUGAGCUGAAGUAUGUCAAUAGGAAAACAAACGAAGAUUUGGCGUUGCUCAGUACAAUAUUGAACCAAGAAAUUCGCCGACUUGCCACUCAGGUUAUCAGAAUAAAGUGGUCCUUACAUGCGCGCGAGGAGAUCAUUUAUGAGCUUAUGACUCAUUUGAAGAUGGAAACUGCGUUGCAUAUUUUAAAGCGAGUGCACAAGAAAACUCGUGAAAUGUUGACUGAGCAGGAUGCAGUGAGGGAUCGUUUAUUCACGGUCCAAGACGUAAUGCUGAACAACGUGAGGGAGAAACUGCAAGAGCGGAGUGUGCGUGUAACACACAAUUUGUCAGUAAUUGGUGGAAGUGGGCUCCUUCUUUCGGUUAUUGUUGGACUUUUUGGAAUCAACUUAGAUGGUAUUCCAGGGAACAGCCACUCCCCCUAUGCAUUUGCCGUAUUUUCUGUCAUUUUGUUUGCCCUUGGCGCCAUCACGUGUCUGAUUGGCAUCCGGCGCCUCGGUCUCAAGCCUCCGCCUUCUGAAGAAGCUGUCAUGUCCCGGAAAAUAGAGCUGCAAGACUUCGUUCACAAGUUCCAACGAGCAGCAGAGGCACAUGAGAAAGUACACCAUAUAAAUUCUGAUUCCUCUCUUAGUGACGGUGCUGAAUAUACUGGUGCCAAAGCCGACAAACGGAACGAUUUUUACGUCCUGUUGGAAUAAAUGGGCAUUCUCCUUUCUUAGUCA